AUAAUUUCUUAAAGUAAUAGAAUCAUGGAUUAACACAUUUAUAAGAAUGUAGCAGAGUACAGAUAGCAUGUUUUCCAAAAAAAUGUAGCUUAUUAUGUUGAAUUCUUUGUUACCUAAAAGUUGGGUUAAGAAGCAGAGCUAAACUUACAAUGUACAUUUUCAAGGAUACCUGUAAAGACACCAAUUAGACAUCAAAAUGUAGCAAAUAUCAAAUGUAUAUUUGAAUUAGAGUAAUGGCUUGAAUUCUUUGAAACAAAACUGAAGUAAACUCAAAAAAUAUUGAUUUAUUAGUGAUUAGAAUAAUUUUAGUUGUCCAGGGUGUAAAUAAUAUGUAUAUUUUGCAGACUUUGGUCUAGACUUUACUUUAUAUAAUAUAUUGGCUUAAAAAUAAAAACUUGAAUAGAGUGGUCAAAAGUUUUUGAAUGACAAAAUAAUUUACAAACUUAUAAAUGGAAAAGCUAAUUAUUUUGCAAUAUUAAAAUAAGAUAAAUAAACAAGAGUUAAAAUUCCUGGAGCUUAUCCUAUUGUAAGAGUAUCAGUUCAAAACAAUAAUUUUAAUACAAAAAAUCUAAAUCCAAGAUAAAAAGAAAUAUAUGAAUAAUUAAAUUAUACUAUAUCAAAAAUAUAAGAACUUAUAACAUAAAAAAUAUAUUAAGGUAAGUAGAACGGAUAAUAAAUAAAUGCAAUAAAGUAACUUUAUUAAGCAAAAAAUAAUUAAUUAAAAGAUACAUUCAGAGAAUCCCAAAAUUUAAUUGAAUUAGGAGUUAAGUCUUUAGAAACUUAAUUUGUAUUUGGUUUAAAAAAGCUUUAGAAGGAUGGAAAGAAUGCUGGAAGUGUGGUAUGUAAUAGAUAUUUAAUUUAGUUAAUUGUAUAUUAUCCACAUUUAGGAAUAUGGGCAGAUUAUGAAUUAAAAACAACACCAGAGAAACAUUUUUAAUUUGAAUAUUAAUUAUAUGCAAAAGAAUAAAGUUUAGAAAAGGAGAAUGUUAUUUAUGUAAUUGGAGGAAGAGUAUCAAAUCUUGUACCAACCAAUGUGUUUGUAAGAAUUAGGUUUCCUAAAGAUCCUUUUUCAAAAGAUAAUAAUGCAACUGUUGAAUAUCUUCCUAAUUUACCAAAUGAGGGAUAUAAUUAUUUAGGAGGCUGUUAUAAUAAGUAUUAUAUUGAAUAUAAUACUGUAGUAAUGUUUAUAUAUUUUGUGGAUAAAAAAGAACAACAGAUAAAUAAUCAGGAAUAAUUGUUGAUACAAUAUUUGAUGUUGGUUAUGUAUUUAAGAAUGGAUAAUGGAAUAAAAUUAAUUAAAAAGUUGAAAGAAGAUAUGAUGGUAGUUGUACAAUAAUAAAACAUUAAAAAUAUAAUAAAUGUCUACUUUUAUAUGGAGGAAUAGAAUAAUUAUUAGAUGGUAGAAUGGGAUAUAAUGUUCAAUAAUAAUAACAUUUGACUUAAGUAUUCUCAUUUCAAUAAGAAAAAUUCUUAGGAAAUGGAUUCAUGUUACAAUUCUCAAAUAAGAAUGAAGAUAGAUAUUAAAAAAAUAUGCUUUCAAGUCCUGUAUUUUCAGUACCAUAUGGUGCUCAUAGUGAAUUAUUGAUUUCAGGAGAGUUUUUAAAAAAAAAUUGGAAAGAAAGUAGAGAAGUUUAUGUUUUUGAUUGGGCAGAUGGUACAAUUAAAAAGAAUUAGUUAUAAAAAUAACCUCUUGAAUAAUUUGUACUUUCGCAUAUUAAAAGAAAUUUUAAUUAUGGUGGUCCAGAAUUUCUUUAACCUAUUUAAGAUGUAGAAGGAGCCUUUUUAUUUGGAAAUUAUUGUACUAUACAUUAGGAAGAAAUUUAGAUAGAUUAAAGAAAUUCUAUAUAAAACUUUACAUUAUUUGAAUAUAAAGUGGCCAAUGGAGAAGGUAAUAUAAUAAUUUCUAAUUAUUUUAGUAUCAACAAGAUCCUAUAUGCAAAGAGAUAAUUCAAUAUAAUUAGCUGUUGAGACUUUGUCUAAAUUAGCAGAUUCAGAAAACAAAAAAUUAUGAAAAAGUAUAAUAAUAUAAAAUGAUAUGGA